CCAGAGGGGACCCACGGCCGCGUCCUCUUCAUUUAAAACUUUCCUCCUGAACGGGAGGGAUCUGCAGCGAGUCACACCGAGACUUUUAGCCGCAGUGGAGUUUCGGUAACGCGAACAUGGCUUCAAUCGUGUGCCGGGUCCAGUACCUGGAGGACACGGAUCCGUUUAUCUGCACAAACUUUCCGGAACCUCGGAGACCUCCGACGGUGAACGUGGAGGAGAACCUGCCGCUCAGCGAGCAGAUCGCCGGGAUACACAAGCUGCUGGAGGCGCCUCUCAAGCUGGAGGAGUGCACACUUCAGUUGGCUCCUAAUGGAAACUAUCUGGACCUGGACUUGUCCAUGGCUGAGCAGAGAGACGAGCUGGAGAGCUUCUACGAAGAUUUGGCAAAAGGGAAGAAGCCCAUCCUGAUCCUGAGGACUCAGCUCUCUGUCCGUGUUCACUCCAUCCUGGAGAAGCUGUAUAACUCUCAGGGUCCAGAGCUCCGACGCUCUCUCUUCUCUCUUAAACAGCUCUUCCAGGAUGAUAAAGACCUGGUUCCAGAGUUUGUGGCGUCUGAAGGUUUGACGUGUUUUAUCAAAGUUGGAGCAGAGGCCGACACUAACUACCAGAACUACAUCCUGAGAGCUCUCAGUCAGAUCAUGCUGUUUGUGGACGGUAUGCAUGGAGUGAUAAACCACAAUGAGACAGUGCAGUGGCUGUACACACUGUCGGGGAGUCUGUCUCGUCUGGUGGUGAAGACAACUCUGAAGCUGCUCAUCGUCUUUGUGGAAUAUUCAGAGUCCAACAGUCCUCUGCUCAUUAACGCUGUCAACACAGUGGACGAAAAGAGAGGUGUGAAGCCAUGGAGUUACCUGAUGGAAGUCUUAGAGGAGAGAAAUGGCUCAGACACAGAGCUGCUCAUGUUUGCAAUGACGCUCAUCAACAAGACUUUAGCCGUGCUCCCGGACCAGGACUCGUUCUACGAUGUGACAGACAGUCUGGAGCAGCUGGGGAUGGAGACGAUCAUCUUCAAACACAUGAACAACAGAGGAACAGAGCCCGACCUGAGGGCUCAGUUCACCAUCUAUGAGACAGCUCUGAGGUACGAGGACGGUGACAUGGACGACUCCUCUCCUCACCUCCGUAAAGAGAGAAGGAAGAUGGGCACUGGCGAGCAGGAGGGGCGAAAGAAUCGCCGCUCCUCCAGCCAAAACAUGCCUGACCUCCUCCCCUCUCCAUCAGUUUCCUCCCCUGUCCCAACAGCAAUCCUCCCUCCCACCACAGAGAAUACCUUCCUCUCCCCCUCUGUUUCCCCUGCCAUUUCCCCUGCCAUUUCCCCUGCCAUCUCUCCUGCCGUCUCUCCUGUCAUAUCUCCUGCCAUAUCUCCUGCCAUCUCUCCAGCUAUCUCUCCCGCUGUUUCUCCUGCCAUCUCUUCCCCCAGUCCCACGGCAGGGUCGGACAGUAGGGCCUCAUCCCCACUGAUAUCCGAACCCGGCAGCCCUGCUUCCAGCCCGUCCGGAUCACAGAGAGGUUCUCCUCUGCCUCCCCACUCAGCCUCCAAUGGUACCAUAGCAACAGAGCAAGAUGUAAAGUCACCGACGAGCCCGGGUCGCUCUUUCCUCAGUCACCACAUGUCCGCUCUGGGUCUCGGCAGGAAGUCCAGACUCUUCUCCAAAGCCAGCUCCAUCUCUGAAGAGCAGUCAGCCACCGGCAGCUCGUCGCCCUCAGACCUCUCCCACCAAGAGAGGACAUCUCAGUCGAACCAGGAGCAGCCGGUGAAGACGGAGACGACUAAAACCAGUUUAAACUCUGGGGAGGAUGACCUGUUCAGCUGCUCUGAUGACCGUAAUGUUAACCCAAACAAGCCUGUUCUGAGGAAGUUUGAAGACACCUUCCUGCACCGCCUAGCAGCUGCACAGUGGGAGAAGAAGAGAAGAAGUAAACACCUGAGCCAGUCCAGACUGUCCUCAUCUGAUGAUGUCAUAACCCCGAGCCUGAAGCCUACAGAGGGGCUUGGUGGUGAGGAGUCGUCCCGGCAGGUGUCGACCUCCAGCAGUUUGGAUUCAAACGGACACUCAGACUCCCAGAAUGACCCAGCCUCCUCAGUGCAGCGGCCGAGCAGUACUUUGUCCAGUGACAAGAAGUUUCUGCUGGACAUGCUGUACUCCAGAAACUCUGCCUCAGCUCCCCUGAGCCAGACUGCUGCUGCUGCUCCUGACACCACCGAGGAAGAAAGCAGCUUCCAGCCUGGUGGAGAUGUAGGUAGUCGGGGUCGUCUGUUGGUCGUGCGUCUGUCCAGCUUUAAUGCUCAACCAGUGGAGCCCACAGGUCCCAGCGAGAGCAGCGCCUCCCGCAGGGCAGAGCUGGAGGGGCUGGAAGGUUCUGCACAAGCAGCUCUGGCCCGGCUGGCUGAAGAGAGACAGAACCGAAACCUCCGGCAGCAGAGCAGCAUUGACAUGGAGAGCCAUGCUCGCCGUCUGGAGUCCACCCAGAUGAGUCCUCUGGGCCCUGGAGGCCCUCCUGAUGCCUGGGAGCAGCUGCAGCCAAGCGCCGCCGCCCUGCGCAUCAAAGACCUGGACUUCUCGGACCUGCUGGAUGAGGAGGACAUUGACGUGUUGGACAUGGACACCUUUGACUCCACCUCUGCCCCUUCCUGUUAUUCUGGCCUCCCUCCUCCUGCUCCUCCUCCACCAGGCAUGGCCGGAGUUCCACCACCACCACCUCCCCCUCCCCCUCCUCCAGGCCCGGCCGGACCUCCCCCUCCUCCUCCUGCUCCUCCACUUCCAGGAGGUCUAGUUCCUCCUCCACCUCCUCCCCCUCCACCUGGUGCUCCCCCUCCUCCUUCCUCCCCCUCCUCGGCAGCUUCCACCCAGAAGAAGAAGAAGACGGUGAAGUUGUUCUGGAAGGAGCUGAAGCAGGCUGAUGGGCCUCAGAAGUGUCGCUUUGGUCGGGGGACCGUGUGGGCGUCUCUUGACAAGGUGGCAGUGGACACCUCCAAACUCGAACACCUGUUUGAGUCUAAAGCCAAGGAGCUGCCUGUUGCCAAGAAAGGACCUGAGACAAAGAAGUCUGAGAUUCUUGUUUUGGACCCAAAGAGGAGUAAUGCUAUCAACAUCGGGAUGACUGUCCUGCCUGCUAUCCACGUCAUCAAAACCGCCAUCCUCAACUUUGACGAGUUCGCCAUCAGUAAGGAGGGCAUCGAGAAGAUCCUGACCAUGACCCCCACAGAUGAGGAGAAGCAGAAGAUCCAGGAGGCUCAGCUGGCCAAUCCUGAUGUUCCUCUUGGCACGGCAGAGCAGUUUCUGUUCAGCUUGGCCUCCAUUAGCGCCUUGACUCCCCGCCUGCAGCUCUGGGCCUUUAAACUGAACUAUGAGGCACUGGAGAAGGAGAUCGCAGAGCCACUGUUUGACUUGAAGCUAGGCAUGGAGCAGCUCGCCUCCAAUCAGACCUUCAAGAGGAUCCUUGCCACACUCCUGGCCAUCGGGAACUUCCUCAACAGCUCCAACGCUAAAGGCUUUGAGCUGGGUUACCUGGAGAAGGUGGUGGAGGUGAAGGACACCGUGCACCGUCAGACCCUGCUGCAUCACACCUGCUGCCAGGUGGUGGACAAUUACCCAGAAUCCUCUGAUAUCUACUCAGAGAUCCCUGCCAUCACCCGCUCCGCCAAAGUGGACUUUGAGCUGCUGUCUGAGAACCUGGUCCAGCUGGAGAGACGCUGCAAAGCAUCAUGGGACAACCUGAAGGUGGUGGCCAAACAUGAAACCAAAGCCUUGCUGAAGAACAAGUUGACAGAGUUCCUGAAGGACUGCACACAGAGGAUCAUCAUCCUCAAGGUGGUCCACCGGAGGGUCAUCAACAGGUUUCACUCCUUCUUGUUAUUCCUGGGUCAGCCGUCCUCAUCAGUCCGAGACAUUAAAGUCACCAGUUUCUGUCGGAUCAUCAGCGAGUUCUCUCUGGAGUAUCGAACCACCAGAGAACGCGUCCUCACCAUGAAACGGAAACGAGCCGCUCACAGGGAGAGAACAAAGACCCGGGGAAAGAUGAUCACUGAGACGGAGAAAUUUUCGGGGGCGGUGCCUCAAGAAGAUAGCCCCUCCCCUGUCUCCAUGGCAGCAGAGGCAGAGCCAGGUCAGGAGGAGGAGCAUGAGAACAUGAAGAACCUUCUGAUCAGCAGCAGCCUGAGUGCAGAUCAGCGAGGACUCAGACGAUCCAGAGCCGUCCGCAGUCUGGGUAGAGUGAGUCCAUCCCAGAUGUCUGUAGCCAAAGAGGAUGGGACCAGCUCCCAGGAUGAUGCCACAGAUGAGAUCAUGGACAGACUUGUUAAAUCUGUUACCCAGAAUCCCUCAGACAGACCGUCCAGUCCCAAAACUCGCAAACGGUCCCGAGUGAACAGGAAGUCAUUGAGGAGGACUCUGAAGAGCGGCCUCAGUCUGGAUGUCGUUCAGGCUCUCGGACUCAACAACAAGACCGCAGACAAGGUCUGACUGACCAAUCAGUGAACAGCACCAACCAAAGAGACUGAACCCAGACCAGCAGAGAGAAGGAUGCCAUGAAAACAGAUUGUAUUAUGGAGUGUUUCUGCAGGAGAAUCUCUGCUGUGGUUGCUAGUUUGUUUUAUUAAUUUAACUGAUGGCUCUUGAACAUGAAUGUUUCUAAAUGUUACACCAAAGAUCUGACUGUAGACAGCUGAGAUUAUUUAAAUACAUCCAGACCUUUUGAGGGGAAAUAAGCUUUUAAAUAAAGUUCUGAACAAUCAAAUAACCGGUCAUUUACAAAGAAAGUAAAUCAUUUGCUCUUAAUGUUGUCACUGUUAUCACUCCAACAUGAGGAGGAAGUCUCUAAGUUUUUGAAAAGUUCUGAGCGUUACCAGAAACAAAGUUCAACAGAAAAACAAAAUCAUUAAGGUGAUAAAGAACUGUUCUACUUUACUGCCACUGCUUUAAUGUGUGUCUGUUUGUGAGUGUUUAUGUGUGUUAUUUUAUUAAAUAACAGGAUGUACAGUCAUUGAUCUGAGCACAUAUCUCUGUACAGUCGAGAUAUUAUUUUGCACUUUAGGUCAGUUCGUGUGACUUGUUGGUAAUUUUUUUUUCUUCAUGUGUUUUAAGAGAACAAAGGACAAAGACUGUUUUAACUUAAAGAGGAGUAUUUUACAAAUUAGUGUAAGAUUGAAUGUGUUCCUUCUAUCAUUAAUAAAGGUUUUUAAUAAAGA